AUGCGUGGUUGGUCACGCUUGGCAUCAAGCCCUGAUCCGGCUGGAACUCGAGCAGCCCUCGCUGCGCUAUCCCAUAGACAGUCUCCACAGCCGUACCCUUACUAUCACCAUCAACAACCGCGAACUCCUUCACCACAACCACAAAUUGUCGUAGAGAACGGAGGAGGAGGUGGUGGAACCAGUUCAAUUGUGGCAUCGCCGACGACAACAACUGGCAAUGUGAAACUGGAGAAAGUGCCUUUGGUGCAAAAGUGGUCGCCCGAUACAAACUCCUCAUACUCACAACGUAUCACGAAGAGUAUGUCGUUGGAUACACCGGUAUCAGUGGCGCACGUCUGA